AUGAAUAGCUUCGCCUCAUCGAACGGAGCAAAUCCCAGUGAUGGUGACAUACACAGUUUGACAAAAUGGAAACUGUUUAAAGUGUUACUCCUGAGGUUAGCAAUCGCGUUAAUAUUUUUAUUAAUCUCCUUGAUCAUACAAGGAUUUUUCAUGAUAUAUAGCGAUUCAUAUUACAAAAGGUACACCACACCAUUGAGUGAUCGAAUUCACAAUUUGUUUGAAAAUCCACCUGAAUGGAUAUCUUACAAAUUAUCCAACAAUUUAAUAGCAUUGUUGUCAAUUACUUUCCUACAAUUAAUUUUGUUUAAUAGUGUGUACUUGUCUAUGGCCAUUGUUUGUCGCUUCCUUUACAUGCUGGGUUUUUUUUAUAUAUUGAGGGGGGUACUUAUUUAUGUCACUUCCCUUCCAGCCACAUUGGAAACGUGUGUACCUCUAGAAAGUGGCAAUUUUGCAUUUAAUUUAUUGCAGAUAAUUAAAAUAAAUAUGAACUUAGUAUAUGUAUGUUCUGAUUUGAUUAUAUCGGGACAUUCGUUUUCUACGACGAUAUUUUUACUAUUCGCCCUUUUUUACAUGAACAAUGUUGUACUGAAGACUGUGAUAACUUUCUUCUGUUGUUUCAUUUAUGCGUUCAUAAUCAUCGGGUUUAUCCAUUACACUUCCGAUGUGUUGCUUGGAUUUAUUUUUGGCAUUUUUAUUUUCACCUUUUAUCAUUUAAUGCUAGACAUAUCUUCUCAAUAUUACAUUUUUAAUAAAAUAUUUGAAAUUAAAAUUAUUUCAAAUAAAAAAAAUGUGCAAGCCAAACCGUUUUUUUUAAGAUGUUUUUUUAUCAGAUUGUUUUUAAAAAUAAUUCCAUUCCUUGAGGGAUUAAAUUACUCUAUAGAUUAUGCGUUAAGUAAAAAUGCUGACUUAUCCACAUUUUGUAUUUGCGAGAAGGAGUUUGCUAUGGGUAUGCCCCCUGCAGCAUGUUCCUUGCAGAAGUCCUCAAAGGAAAAUAAAAUUUGUGUCAAUUAUUCGGAUCAUUUAUUUCAUUCCUAUGCCGGGGAUGGCACGAUUAAUUUUUUGCUAUUC